CUGCUCUUGACCGUUCACCCCUGCAGUUGCAGUCACACCACUAUGACCACUAGUCACAGGAGUGCAGUCAUUUGCGUCAGUUGCUGCAGAUUUUUUGAGGAAAAAUUUCUGAUUGUGCUAUUUGUGUGUUUCGGAAUUUUUUAUAGAAAAAUUGACGCUGGCGAGUGAGGAGAACAACUAACGAAAUUUACAGAUGGCAGAAAACAACCCAAGUGAUUUUCGUGUUUAUGUCACCCCCGCAUCACCAUCUACGGCCUCAAACUGCUCUUUCAAGCCGCAAACACCCUCCUUUCCAGCAAGUAGGCUUCAUUUAGAAGCAAGUGAUAUCAUUCACUCUUUGGGUCAAAGCUCUGUUUUUGAGGGACCGGCUUUGGAAACGGACGAAUCUAAUGUUGCGGAGCCUUGCAGCAAAUUCGGACGAUAUCUUAAAUUUGUGUGCAUUGGAUCAGUUUGGCUGUUAUUUACGGCAAUAUUAAUGACGAAGAGUGAAAAGGUGAACAAAAUGCAUCAAGUAUCUGUGUCGGGAGAAUCUUCGACAAUUUUUGAGAUUCAUAACAUGCCAAGCAGAGACGUUGUUGAGGUAACUCUGGAAGGGUCAAUCAUGCCUCAAUAUUAUGCCAACAUGAGUGACCGGAAAAUGACACUUUGGAUCGAACAGCACUUUGAAAUGCCUGAGAGUCUCCUCAGCGACAGGAAUUUUUCUGAUUUUCAAAAGAGGGUUAGUACAAACUGGACGGUACCCCUUGUUACGGACAGUCUGAUUGGAGUUGUGCCCGAGUUGGUGUUGUCCACUGUUUUUAAACUAGAAAAUUUUCAACGCGGAAACAUCGCUGCCCACCUCUUUAUUCGCAUGGAAACAAAUGUGAACACGAGUUUGCCAGUGUCAAUCGGCUACGACGUUUCACCCAUUGAUGAGAGUGAUGGCACAAUCUAUGCUGUUCUUGUUCUCGUCGGUCUCUAUGUGCUCAUCAUAUUUGAAAUUGUGCACCGAACUUUGGCUGCCAUGCUGGCUUCUACAAUGUCCGUCGCAAUUUUAGCUGCCUUUAAUGAGCGACCCUCGAUGACUGAGCUGGUUUCGUGGAUUGACGUCGAAACUCUUCUCCUCUUAUUCUCUAUGAUGGUCAUUGUGGCCAUUCUAACGGAAACGGGGGUCUUCGACUACCUAGCAGUCCUCGCCUUUAAGAUAACUGGUGGGCAAGUGUGGCCUUUGAUCAACACCUUGUGCUUGUUCACUGCAUUGCUUUCUGCAUUCCUGGACAAUGUCACUGUAUCCCUCCUGAUGACCCCUGUCAGCAUAAGGUUGUGUGAGGUCAUGGAGUUAAACGCUGUACCUGUGCUGAUGGCCAUGGUCAUUUACUCAAAUAUUGGCGGCACAGCGACCGCUGUCGGUGACCCUCCCAAUGUCAUCAUUGCCUCCAAUCAGCAUGUAAAAGACUCGGGAAUUGACUUUACAUCCUACAUGAUGCACAUGUCCCUUGGAGUGAUUCUGAUUAUGAUCACCACCUAUUUACAACUGAGAUUCAUCUACAGGGAUAUCAAUGAUCUCAGAAUUCAAGAGCCACAUGAUUUGACGGAAUUGAAACAUGAAAUUGCUGUUUGGGAAAGAGCGGCAGCGUCCGUUUCGUCAUAUUCUAAGGAUGAGGAUGCUGUAAGAGAAACGCUGCUGAAAAAAGUGAGAAGAUUGGCAAGUGAACUGAAGGUCAGAAUGAAGGGUGCUAACAACGUAGAAGAAAACUACAAAAAGACUCUUGAGGAAUUACAGAGAAAAUACCCCAUCAGAGAUGGCAUGCUCCUGAUUAAAUCUGGAUUCACCCUUGUUUUCGUCAUUGUUGUCUUUUUCUUGCACUCCAUCCCUCAGCUCUCCCUCUCACUGGGCUGGACAGCCCUUCUAGGUGCAACUUUGCUUCUUGUUCUGGCUGACAACGAAAACAUGGAGGGUGUGCUUGCCAGAGUAGAAUGGUCAACGUUGCUGUUCUUUGCUGCCCUAUUUGUCUUGAUGGAAGCACUUUCAAAGCUGGGUUUGAUUGCCUGGAUAGGAAGACAAACCGAGGCCAUAAUUCUCUCUGUACCAAAUGAAAAUGUUCGUCUGGCGGUGGCCAUUCUUUUGGUUCUGUGGGUGUCUGCCAUUGCAUCUGCCUUUGUCGACAACAUUCCAUUGACCACCAUGAUGAUAAAAAUUGUUACUUCUCUCUGCUCUAAUAGAGUUUUAAAUUUACCCCUUCCACCUUUGGUUUGGGCACUGGCCUUUGGAGCUUGUUUAGGAGGAAAUGGAACUUUAAUUGGCGCCUCGGCUAAUGUUGUAUGUGCUGGUGUUGCAGAGCAGCAUGGAUACAGAUUCACCUUUUUGCAAUUUUUCAGAGUUGGCUUUCCUGUGAUGCUUGUGAGUGUUGUCACUGCUAGUGCUUAUCUUCUAAUAUCACAUAUUGCAAUUCAGUGGCACUAAAUUUAUAAGGUAUUUUUAAAGCCUUUUAGUAUCACUCUUAAUUUUUCUGAGCUUUGCAUGUGAAUGGAAAAUAUCUUUUUAAUUUGAAUUUUAAUCCUCACGCAUGGUUGGCUUACUUAAAACAGUGAUAUUGUUUUCACAAAACAUUAAGUUAAUAAAAAUUGCAUUUGUUCCUUGAAAAUAUUAGCAUUACAU